UGCAAAUUGCAAAUUUGCACCACAGACGACGACGACGAACAAGGAUGGCUGGGAGACCACAAGAUGCACGGCUGAAGAAGCUGCUCACAGCCUUCAAUGUGCUGGACCACUGGCCCAAGCUGGAGCAGCGGGGCGUGCGCAACGUGUUUGCUCUCGCAAAGCUCUCAGACCAAGAGCUCGUCGGCCUCCUACACCUCGAUCAGUCGCAGCUGCGCAAAAUGCGCGCCGUCCUCACCAAGCUGGAAGCUGCCCGCGCACAGCAUCGUGGGGAACAGCAGCAGAAGAGAGCAUCUGCAAAUCCACAGCGCAAGUCGCAACAGUCAGAACAGCAGCAGCAGCAGCCACAACAACACCGCGGCCCAGCCGGUGUCCAGCGACGAUCCCAUGCCGGUACAGCAGCAGCAGCAGCAUCAUCGUCGUCGUCGUCGUCAAAUCGAAACUCGCGCGUGCUCAAUCUUGCGCCCGCCCCCGGCUUCUCCGGCCCCAUUGACGGCGCCCUGCACCGCGUGCCGUCUCGGACACAGCGCGGACCACCGAGCCGUGGCAGCGGCGGGUUGCCUGCAGGCACGCGCCAGUCGCGCAAGUCAUAUGACAUGCGCAGUCCGCCGAAGAAGGCGUCGUCGUCAUCGUCAGUGAAGACACGAUCUCGCCCUUCAAAGGCCGCGCAGUACACGGCGCAGCCACUACGCAGGAGCCUGUGGGACUUUGACUUUGACGUGGAUGUACUGCCCACUGUCGUGUGCGAGUGCUGGGCGACGAAAUGUGGCGGCAAGGUGAAGUCGUGGCAAAAGCGGUACUUUGUGCUGCGCAAUGACGGCUCGCUCACAUACAGCAAAGAAGGUGCGCUGAGCGACCACAAGGGCGUGAUUGACGUGCGUGAUGCGACGGUGAUCAACGGUCCUGGAUCGUGCAAUUGGCUCAAGGAGGACGGGGCGCCGCCAGCCGCCGAGCCGUCAAAACGCGUUGAGAUUGUGACCCCUGUGCGGACCUUCAAACUGUUCUGCGACACGCAGGCCGACGCCACGAUGCUCCACUCCAAACUGCAGGAGGUGUGGAAGUACUGCAAGCGGGCGAAGAAGCGGGCGCCGUUGACGGAGCGGGACAUUGCUGGUGGCGAAGGAUACCAGCGCAUGCUGGCAGAGGUGGCACACGUCAUGACCGCACAGUGAACACAUGCACACAUGCACGCACGCACGCACACAUGCACACACGCACACGUGUACACACAUGUACGUGUACUGAUUUGUUUUGCUUUUCCACGAUGUUAUUCUUUGUUAUCCCUUCGCCCUUUUGAAUGAUGUGAUCCUUUGCGAAUCGAACACACAGCCAUUGAAACCUGCGU